AGCUAGGCAAGGCGCGAACGUUGACAUCCUUCACAUCACGUGCGACUGCCAAACGCUGUCAACUCGCCCAUCGCUAUCGUACUGAGCAGUCUUGGGCAUGAGGGUCGGAUGGGUUACGUCUACCCGUCGAGUCUUGCGACACCAUGUGAAGACUCCACGGCGGUUGCUGUCGACGCAACCACACCAUGAUUUGCUUUCCAAGGCCACCCGCAACAUUGGCAUCAUCGCCCACAUCGAUGCAGGGAAGACGACGACGACUGAGCGCAUGCUCUACUACAGCGGAGUGACAAGGCGAAUAGGAAAUGUCGACGAAGGCUCGACAGUAACCGACUUCCUUCCCGCUGAACGAGCACGCGGCAUCACCAUUCAAUCCGCAGCCAUCACGUUCCACUGGCCUCCUCUACCACCGACUACUCAGACUCCGCCCCCACCACCACAGCUGCUCGCCUCAUUCGACAAUGUUUCAAGGUCUUCAACAUCCCACAACAUCAAUCUCAUCGACACGCCCGGCCAUGCAGACUUCACUUUCGAAGUGCUACGUUCGCUUCGUGUCCUGGACGGUGCUGUAUGUAUUCUCGAUGGAGUCGCCGGUGUUGAAGCCCAGACGGAGAAGGUAUGGACGCAAGCUGGGCAUUACCAUAUUCCUAGGAUCAUUUUUGUCAAUAAGCUGGACCGUGUAGGCGCCGCGUUCUCGCGCACCGUUAAAGAGAUAGGCGUUAGGUUGCACGGAUGGCCAGCCGUUUGUCAAAUCCCGUGGUGGAAGAAUGGUAAUGGCGACUUUGUUGGAGUCGGUGAUGCGAUCAACUUACGCGGUAUGCUCUGGCAAGCCGGUGGCGAUGGCAGAGACAUUCAAGCUUUCGGGCUGCAAGAUCUUAGCAAAACCGACGAGAAGUUUGCAGAAGAGAUCAAGAAGGCAAGAAUAGCUCUCGUUGAGAUCUUGAGUGAGCAGGACGAUAUCAUGGUUGAGCACUUCUUAGAACACGAUGAAGAUCACCUGGCCAUUUCUGGGCUCCAGAUCAUGCAGUCAUUACGCCGAGUUGUACUGCAGGCACCACAGAGAGUUAUACCAGUCUUCGCUGGCGCCUCUUUUCGCAACAUUGGUGUUCAACCGCUGCUUGACUCGGUCGUUGAUCUCCUCCCCUCACCACUCGAACGACCAGAUCCUGAGAUCAGCAUCUCCAAUCAAAGCAGCACACUAUCAUCCCUUCUCAGUGCAGCAGCGGCAACACCGACAAAGACCACUAAGCCGUCGAAGAAACAGCAGCAAAACAACAACGAACUAGCCAUCGCAGAAGUCAAGAACCUCAGCGCCUGUGCCCUCGCCUUCAAAGUCGUUAACGACGCCAAACGUGGCGUCCUCGUUUACGUCCGCGUCUACUCCGGAUCCAUCGACCGCGGCGCCACCCUCUACAACACCAACCUAUCCCUUGCUGAGCGCGCCCCCCGCCUGCUCAAAAUGUACGCCAACGAUGCCGUCGAAGUCGACAGCAUCGGCUCUGGCCAAAUCGGCGUUAUAACCGGUCUCAAGCACGCCCGAACUGGAGAUACCCUAAUCGUCUACCGCGGCCUCCAAAUGAAAGGCACACCGCCCGGUGGUCUUCACACGCUCCAAUUGCGUCCUAUCGCUGUGCCACCCCCCGUCUUCUUCACCAGCAUCGAACCAAAUAGUCUCAGCGAACAGAAACACGUGCAGGAAAGUCUGGCCAUCCUCCUCCGCGAAGACCCCAGUCUGCACCUCUCCAUCGAUGAAGAAUCAGGGCAGACUCAUCUUGCUGGCAUGGGCGAUUUGCACCUGGAAAUCGCACGAGACAGAUUGCUCAACGAUUUCAAAGCCAAAGCACGCAUCGGAAAGAUAGAAAUCGGGUAUAGGGAGACUAUCACUACGAUGACGCAGACGCAACCUUACACAUAUACACUGGAUAAACUCGUUGCGGGGAAACAGACAAAAGCAGCUAUAACCGCUUGUGUUGAAUCUGUGGAAGACGGCAGCAUAAUCCCGCUUUCUCCAGUCCAAAAUCAAGCGGACGAACGACACGCACGCGAGAACCCGUUCGAAAGCACCUACAGUCUGCCUGACAACAACACCCUCGACAUCCACCACUCCCCGCUCUCCAACCUAGAUUCCUCAGCCCACAAACAGCACCUCCCGCCCCACCUCUCCCUCCCAGGAAUCUUACACGCCCUGCAAGCCGGCACUUCCGCAGCUCUAGCCCGCGGCCCUUUCAACGGCUUCCCCGUCGCAAACACACGCGUUACAAUCACACUCGACGCUUCAUCCCACCUCUUCCCCGAAACAACGCCCACAGCCAUCUCAAUGGCCGCUCGCGCCGCUGUAUCGCAUAGCCUGCGUACAGCAAGUGACGCCGCGCCAGCCACACUCAUGGAACCCGUUAUGAACGUGACGAUUUUCGUUAAUGAGGGGAGUAUGGGGGCUGUGGUUCAGGAUAUCACGUCUUCACGAGGCGGACAAAUCCUAUCUUUAGAUGGCUCGGAGUCCUCCUCCUCCUCCUCCUCGUCAACGGACGACGACGCCCUCCCCCGUAUCGACCCCUCGCUCAUCUACACGCCCCCCGACCCCUUUGCGUCUGGCACAAGCGAAAUGGGCAAUGGAUUGAGCGAUAGUCAGAGACAGAUUGUGGCUAGGGUGCCGCUGAAGGAGAUGGUGGGGUAUUUGAAUCAGUUGAGGGCGUUGACGGGCGGGAGGGGCACGUUUGUGAUGAGUGUGGAUGGGUUUGAGAAGAUGGGGACGCAGAGGCAGAGGGAAGUUUUGGAUGCUUUGAGGGAGUUUUAGGGGUAGAGGAGCGCAGGGGCAAAGUGUACGAGUAGAUGGAGUGGAUUGUACGAGUAGGUGAUACAGUAUAGAAAGUGUGUACAUGUAUUCC